AUGGUAUGGGAACAAUAUACAAUAAGCUUGGUGAUGUGCGUUCUCAAAUUUCUGUUACUUCUUACGUUGGUUUCUAUUGUCUUGUUUUUGUUAAUUAAUAGGUAUGCAGCUGCCAAUCAGCCCGGUAAGGCCAUAGAGACAUUCGACUUUAUGCAAAAGUUUAGUUUUUCUCUUGAACAGAAAACAUACUUGAUGUUCCUUAAUAUUCUUUGUACGCACGGAAACUUUGAAGAGGCUGAAGAAUUCAUGUUUCUGAACAAGAAGUUCUUCCCUCUGGAAACAGAGAGCUUCAACAUAAUUCUCAAUGGAUGGUGUAAUAUAACCGUUGACAUAUACGAAGCCAAGAGCUGUAUUGAGCCAAAUGGGACUUCAUAUAUACACAUGUUCUCAGGCAAUUCCAGAGUAUGCAAUCUAUACGAUUCAUUGAGGUUGUACGAUGAGAUGAAGAGAAGGGGUUGGGUGACUUGGGUCCCAGGCAUGGAGGUGUAUUAUUCAUUGAUUUAUGUGCUAACUCGUGACAAUUGCCUCAGUGAAGCUCUUAAACUUGUAGAUAGGAUGAAAGAAACGGGUCUGGUGCCUGACUCUACCACCUAUAAUCUUAUCAUACGUCCUCUCUGUGAAACUGCAAAGUUUGAAGAAGCAAGAAGCGUGUUAGCAAGUUUGAAAAUGAGAUUGUGA